AACAACCUGAAAAAGGAUGAAAAUGAACAAGCAGGCACUGUUGCACGGGCAUUCGCUCAGAAGAACAUUGUGCAACAAGUGGGCGUGGAUAGCCUGAAAAAUCUGCAGCGAACUACGACUCGGCCCCAAACCGCUCUUCAAAUUGCGGUUAUAAUUUGA